AUGUCAUCCACCUAUUCUUGGGGAAUCAAGACAACCCAAAUAUCCCGCCGCUUUACCACCCUCGAAGGAUGGCGCGAACUUGGGAACGGCAUCUACGUUACAGGAACCAGCUUGCAAGUCUUUGCCGUUGGGAAACAAUUCGACGCCGAUGCUUACAAUGAUGACGGCACGAUGUGGACGCGUCCCCAAAGAUCUGGAAGUGACAGCCCUAGAGAGUCAUCGUGGAACUACCAACAAGACUGGACAGCGAGCCCACCCAGUGAGACGAAAGGCGCAAUGCCAGGUGGAGAGGUUUUGAAAGAGGAAGUAUAUAAUAUCUUUGAAAAAAGGGAGAAGUGGUGUGUGGUUGCGAUGAUUGGGGUUGCGGGACUGUUCUCGGGGCUGUCGUCAAACAUCUUCUUUCCGGCAAUUGACGCUAUUUCCAAGGACUUGAAAAUUGGCCUCAACAUAGUUUCCUUGACUAUUACGUCGUAUCUCAUCAUCCAAGGGAUCUCACCACUUUUCUGGGGGUCACUGUCAGAUACAAUAGGGAGAAGACCGAUAUAUAUCUACUCUUUCGUCCUGUACAUCAUCGCGAAUAUUGGCUUGAGCUUCUCUCCCAACUUUGCGGUGCUGUUGAUUUUCAGAGGCCUACAAGCUGCAGGGAGUGCUUCGACCGUCAGCAUUGUAAGAAACUUCAGUAUAGCAAUUGGCCCUGUCCUUGGUGGGAUUUUGGCGAACUUUUUUGGGUUUAGAUCUAUCUUCGUUUUCCUCUUGAUAAUUUCAUCUCUUGUCCUCAUCGCCCUUAUUAUCGUCCUCCCCGAGACCCUCCGUAGCAUUGCCGGGAAUGGCUCACUACGCCUCAGCGGGAUUCACCAACCCUUGAUCCGUAGAAUUUGGAAAGAGGCGCCCUACAUUACCGAUCGCGAUGACAGCUACAGUCGGAAGGAAGUUACCAUAAGGACCUUUAUUGAGCCCCUCCUACUGCUUCAAGAGAAAGACAUCUUGUCUAGCCUUAUUUUUGGCGGCACGGUUUACGCUAUCUGGAGUAUGGUAACGGCUAGCACAACUAGCCUCUUUAAGCAAGCCUUUCGUCUUAACGAACUCCUACUCGGCCUUGCAUUUCUCCCCAACGGCUUUGGUACCAUUGUCGGAUCCACGAUCAUUGGAAACUUAAUGAACAAGUCCUACGUGGAGACAGAACUCAAAUACAAAGAAACCCACAAUCUACCUGCCGACUACAAGCUCACUAAGAUGGCUAUCCCAGCAGAUUUUCCCAUCGAACAUGCGCGUCUACGACAUACGAAAUGGAUUAUCGUAAUAUUCGUCCUGAGUACUUGUCUCUACGGCUUCUCUCUAUCUUUCCCCCGCCUCGUGUCGAGACCAGGCUGGAUUACGGUUCCCCUAACACUGCAAUUUUUGAUUGCCGCAACCUCAAACGCAAUCUUUGCUGUUAAUCAGACUAUAGUGUCUGAUCUAUGUCCUGGAAAGGGUGCUUCAAGUACUGCAAUUAACAAUCUUAUAAGAUGUUCUAUGGGUGCAGGUGGUGUUGCGUUCAUUGAGCAAAUGAUUGCGGCGAUGGGUGUUGGAACCGCAUUUUUGGGCCUCGGGCUAGUGACGAUUGGGGUUGUGCCACUAGCGGUAGUGCACUGGUAUUGGGGUCCGGGAUGGAGGAGAGAGAGGAUGAGGAAGAACACAGAUAGGAAAGGCAUAGGGGGGUAGACUCUGAUUCCGUGUAUGUCUCAACUCGUCCUGGCUAUGGAUGUCCCUAAAGCAUAUAGAUUGAAACGCUGUGUUUAGCCACGGGUUGAAUCGUCCUUUAGUGUCCUCAAGACAUAGCCAAUCCACAACAUCAUUCCACUACUUCAGCCAUGCCAAGUUCGUCUAUCUUCUUCCUCUAUGACCUCUGCUUAAGAAAUGCGUAUUCGAUAUACUCUAGAGCUAGAUUCGUAAAUACACUCUACCCUUAUUCCAAUUUCUUAGUCACUGGCUAGUAAUACUACCGUAUCUUA